AUGGCUGUGGUAACCAGAGGAUCCUCAGUGCCCUCGGGCCGGAAACCCAUGAAAUCCCGCAACAUUGCUAUGCUCAGUGUCGCCGGUGUCAUUGCGGGAGCGUGGCUACUCUUUCGUCUCAUGGCUCCCCAGAGAGGUACAUUUGUCGCGUCCAAUGAAGAGAUGGAGGCAUUCCGGGGAGGUGACAAGUUACAGACGAAUGUGGGGGAACAAGACUGCCCGACCACCGCGGAAAGGAUAUUCGGUGCCACGGGGGUCGGUAUAGAAGUGACAGGACCACUGCAGAAGGAGUAUGCCGGGAGUGCCGUGUGUAUACAAAGGGGAAUGUAUAUGGAGGUUGGACCACAGUCUCCCCAUACAUGA